UUUGUUUUCACUAGAGACCAGAAGGACAUGUAAUGAAUAAAUGUCACAGGAGUUUAGAGUGAAAAUUGCAGCGAAAGAUUUAUGCAGACCGUAAAGGUUGAGUACAACACACAUGCGACAUUUGGCCAAUAACAACAAUGCAAAGAAUUAUUAAAAUAAAGACAACAACUGUAGCAACUGACAACCAAUGAAGAGGUGUUUACUUGUGUAUAUAAAUAAGGCGACAAGAUAAAGGCGAAAAUCAGCAAGAAAAAAAGAAGAAAAACAAGAUUAAAUAAAUAAAUAAAUAAAUAGCGCAUAGACGUUAUAACGGCACCAGCGACAGUGCAUCAACAACGUUGACCUCAAACGUCGCCGAAGACAACAACAGCGCCAAAACAGAGCGACAACAACACCGACCGCGACCUCCGGUGCUCCGGCUUAAUUCAACUCAACUCGACUCGUCAGCUGAACUCAGCGUGUGUUGUGUGGCAUACCAAUUGAAACAAUUUAAGCACUCAUCACCCGCAUGCUCCGGUAACGGGAUAAGCAUCUGUUGGCGAUUUAGUGGCAUCCCACAUGCUUAUUGAUGGAUAGUUAAAACUUACAACAACACUACACUAACAACAAUAAUAAAACCGCUUAUUGAUUCACAAGCGUUGUAACGAACAAAAGUGACGAUCUUAAUCGUAUGAGAGUGACGUAGUGACAAUGGCAAUGUGGCGUUUAAGGCAGCAAGUUUGCUGGGUGAUAGAGACAAGGACAAAUCUGACUAAAACUGUUAAGUAAGGUCACAAAGGAGCCACACAUCUGUACAUCAAAGAGCUGAACAGCCGCGUGUCAAGUGCAGCGCUUGAUAUUCUAACUCCCACUUCGCUGCUAUUGCCCACGCAAUACUCAACCGACUGUCUACCCAACUAUAUUCACCAACUGCUGUCCACCUUACAUGGCUACACUUCAUCCAUCUGGCACGUGCACUUACUUAAUAAAUAAGGUUAGGAAAUGGUUAUAUUACAAAUUCCAGCCAGAAAGCCUGCUGCAAAUCCAAUGUGAAUCAAGCAAAUCAACCGAAUCAAUUUGCUCAAAAUACAUGCCACGCGGAAGUUGAAGUGUAGUGAAGUGUGCUGCGGUGAAAUUAGAGUGAUUGUAGGCCGCACCAAGCCAAUGCGCAGUCAGGCAAAGCGGUUGCGGGGCAAAAUAAGCGAAAAAGAAAAAUAAAACGCAAAGAAAAAGGAAACAGGAGGAGCAGGAGAAGGAGGAGGAGAAGGAGGAAGCAGGCAACGAUAGCGCAUAACUAUGCUGAAAAUCUACACUAAAAAUGAAAACAUAAAAAAAAAUAAUGGCAAGCGAAGGUGAAAACAGAUAUAAAAAUACAGAAUAAAUUGUCCAAAUCGAAAAAAAUAAUAAUAAUAAUACAAAAUAAAAGUAUGCGAAUAACCCUCAAUUGAAGACAGAUAAGCCCUUACAAGGUCACAACAAUACUUAAUACUACCAACAGUAGCAGCCUUUUUUCGCAAACUACCAAUCUACUAUCUUUCAAGACACAUACAGCAACAACAUUAGCAAAACCAAAAACAAUCCAAAAAAGAAAAAACCACCUAGACACUUUCGAAUCAACGUCAACAUUUACCUCACCCCCCCAUAACGCUCAAAAUAAAAAGAAACACUUAUUACCACCCUAACCGCGCUCAAAGUGCACAAUUUCUCUGCUGCCACCCGCUAUAAGGUGCUCUCCUCAAUUCAACGACACUCAUCUCCUCUUUUUCUCGAUUAUUCGUCUACAUCUACACAAGUACAAGUUACUAGUUGGGCUAGAAAAAAAGCAAAAACAAAAAAAAAUUGUAAAAUUAUAGAAAGCAAAAUGGAAGAUGCUCCACCACCGCCCAAGAAGAGCACUACACUCUCCGUGGAUCGUGCGGCGUUCCUGUUGUUGCGUGUCAAGAAAGCAUUCAAGAAGAAACGUCAACAACGCAAGGAGAAACAGACUCAAGCAGCAAAUGCCGCCUUAAUAUCACAAGCACGCUCCGGCCGCAAGGUGCCUCCUCCACUGCUGCGCUCUCGUACUCUGCCAGCGAUUAUUGUGCCUGGCAUUCCGCUCGUUUCGCUUAAUACGGAUCGGCAAUUUGACGAGCGUGGGAGCAGCCUUUUGGGCACAAAGUCGGGCAGUGGCACCAGCACUGGCGGUGGCGGCACAAAUCGCUGGUCUCUACUCUCCCGUCAAACCCCUACUACGCCCGGUUGCACCAACAAUAAUAAUAAUGUGGUGAAUAUAAAGUCGCUGAAUCUGCCGAAGGAUGAUAUGGGCGUCUAUCGUCGCAAAUCUUCGGGCAGCACCACAGGCCACACAGGCACGAGCUCAAGCGUAAGUGGCACACCGAUUGGCGUCUCGCAAGUGGCCGAUGCGGCGUUGUUGAUGCCAACCUGCGAGGAUUUCGAGUACCACGCUGCCGAUGGAUCAGUGUUGCUUAGAAUACCCGCACCGCAUGUUGUUGCCGCACGUGCUUACCGCUUGGCAUCGAAGAAACGCAGUACCGGCGGCAGCAGCAACAGCCAUGACAACCAACUGCGGCAGCCGCAUGCACAACAGCAAGGAAGUGUUGGCAGCAGUAAUGUGUCUUCAGCUAUGUCCUCUGUGACUAAUGCCAACGAAGCACAACAACCCUCAACGCCGGAGGGCACCGGAAGUGGUGGAGGCGCUGGCGACACCAACACAGCUUUGACACGUCGACUGGCCAAACUCUUACAUCAAUCCAGCAUGUCUGCCUCGAGGCUAACGGCAGCUGCAUUACCGCAUGCGGAUCAUACAACCUCGGCGAGUGCCUCGACAGCUAACACAAACAACCUGCUGCCAAUUAUGGCUGCUGUGGGGUCAAGAGAUGGCGCUGGUGAUCACAGUGGCGGUGACAGUGCCUUGGAAGAGGCGCCACGUCGACUUUCAUGGGAGAGGCGAAAGGACAGCAGCGCACUUCAACGUUCCGCGAGCAUUGAUUCCUUCGCCGAGAUUGUGUUUAGCGACACGCCGCGACCCUCUCUCGACAUACCGCGCCCCUCCGUGGUGCCGUUCAGCAAACGUCCAUCGGCCAGCAGCCUGUUCUCGAACUGCAGCACCACAUCGCAAACAACCCAAUUGAAUAUCAAUUACGGCGCCGGUGGCGAUCUCUGCAGCAGUGGCAGCAGUGCGGGCAACAGCCGACGCGAAAGUCUCUUAAGUCCAUCGUCAACACGCCGCAAUAAGCUGACCAGAAUUAUAAACGACAACAUUUUGCCGCAUAGUUUAACGCUCGAUCGUGCGAGUUGGCGUAAAGCGCGUGGCGAUAACCGACAAGAAAAGCAAGAAGAAGAAGCAGAGGCUGACAAAGUAGCUGUCGAUUGCGGUGGUGUGGGCAGUAGCUACUACUUUAUUGAUAACACGCCAUCUGUUGUUGAUGAUGUUGCUGAUAAUGAUGCUAACAGUGGCUUCGUAGAUGCAGAUGGCAAUAGUGUGGUGGUGUUAAGACGCACAGCAACAACAACAGCAGCAACGCAUAACAAAAACAGUAGUAGAAAUAACAAUAAUAUUAACUAUAACUGUAACAGUAACAGAAAUAGCAAUAACAAUAACAAUAAAAAUAACACUAAAGAACAUUACCAUAGUUCAGUACGUGAGCAGACCUCACAACAAGCCGAGGUUGAGCAGCAGCAGCAGCAGCAGCAAAAACAGUCAGAGCUGCUACAGACGGCUGCUACGCCAGUUUGUGGCGAUAACAGCAAAAGCGGCGGCGAUACCACAAACGCAUUCCGUUGGUCUGAGCAAUGGACGCCGAACGUGUCCGUAGCCAAGAUACGCACGGCCAUCUCGUGUAUGGCGAAUGAUUUGCGUGAAAUGGAAUUUCUAUUGCCACAAACAGCGGCAACAAACAGCGACACGGCAAAAACGACGGUCAAUGCAGCAUUUAAAAUGGCAACAACAAUGCCAUUGAGUAUCUCAAACAAUAACAACCUUCAUAAAAACAAUAAUAACAGCAGCAGCAACAACAACAGCAGUGGCAAUGUCAGCAAUAGUAAUAAAAUUUUGAAGAUGACUGCAGACAAGCAACGUAGCAACGACAACGGCAACGGCAACACGCACACAAACAAUGGAGGUGGGAGCACUGGCUUAAGUGUGGCAAGACAAGCGCGAAAUUCCCAAACAGCGAAGCAGGCGAAAAUAAAUCCUAAUGAAUCGAUGGAAUUAGCAUUGAAACCGCCGAAUUUAGCCAUUUAUCGUCACUCGGCGCAUGUACGUACAAAAAUUAAUGGCAUCAGCAGCAACAACAACAGCAACGGCGAUGCCGCCGGUGGCAAUGGUGUUGCCGGCAAUUGUGGCAAUACGCCGUAUCGCAGUAAAAUGUCCAAAAAACAAUUGAAAUUGGCACAGGCUCAGCUGGACAAAUUGAAUCAGAUCAAUUUACAUCAACACGCUCUGUUUUCAGCCGUCGAGCACGGACAUCUGGAUAAGGCGCGCACCAUACUUGAAUCUACCGAUGUUGAUGUAAAUAGCAUUAACACCGAUGGACUGUCAGCCUUAGAUGUUGCCGUGCUGAGCAACAAUCGCUCGAUGACCAAAAUGCUUCUGCAACACGGCGCUAUCGAAGGCACACAAUUUUCUACAGAUACUAUUGGCAGCAAACUGAACGGUUUACUCAAAGAUGCCGAGUCUCGCAUACAGGAUUUGAGUGGCACGUCAGAUGGUGGCCUCUGCCAGCCGACAUUCGCAUCACGACCGUCCAUAUCCAGUAUUAUUAUUGGCAACACUGGCUCCUCCGUGACCGGCUGCACAGGCAACGAAAUCGAAAAACAAAUCGGCAUUUGGGAGCGCCGUGUGAAGGGUUUGCGCCGCCUAUUGCUUGGCUGGGAUCAGACACGCCCGCCGGAUGCCCCCGCCUCUCUGACAGUGGACGUAACGGGCGAGAACUCGAUUGCGCUGCAGAUACUCGAGCCGUUUGAAGGUGCACUUGGCACAAAAUUCAAAGUGCAAUGGUCAACUCGUGCCGAUUUCAGCAACAUUGUGGGCGAACGCGAAUUGGUCGAUUGGACAAGUUUUCACGGCAAUAUGGGCACACAGUGUCAGAUUGGCGGCUUGACACAAGGACGUCGCUACUUCGUAAGGGCCGCAUGUGGCAACGUGAAGGGCUGGGGUCCUUAUAAAACAUCAGUGCCAGCCAGCGUUGUACCAUCGAGUUGGCGUGACUUCAAUAACCGUGAAGAUCGAUAUGUUGGCCGCCAACGUGUUUUGGACAAUCUUUUCACGGCAGUUCGUUUGGCGCGACCGGCAGACGUUUCGGAGCUAACUCUGGAUGUGGGCUCGGCCCAGCGACGUAAUCCGAAAAAGAAGACUACCAUAAAGCAAUUAUUUUCGGUAGCAUCGAAAUUUCAAAAGCAUCUGAGACGCGGCAUCUACUUGGCGAGCAUUGUUUAUUGCGAGGAUAAAGUGCUGGUGACCAGUGAAGACUUCUUGCCUGUCAUCGAGAUCGACGAAACGUAUCCAAGUAGUUUGUACAGCGACUAUCACUGGCUCAUGAAGGUUGCUUGCACUUGGGAUGAUGUAAAAUCGCUGCGUACCGACAUGGAGCGUAACUUAACAUCCGCCGUGCAUUUUCGUACAAAACUCCUCUCGGCAAUUUGCCAAAUGCAAUCGACGCUCGGGCUCAACGACUUGGGACAGCUUUUCUACAAGCCUCUACGUGAUUCUCACGGCACUGUUGUGCUAUCCUGCAUACAGUCCGUGAAGAGCCAGAAAAUUGUCUCGAUACUCAACUCCCGCUGGUUGCCGUUGAAUAAAUUGCAAAAGAAAAUCGUGGCAGUGCUGGAGGAUUACAACAUAAAUGAGAUGUUGAUUUCUUCCAUAAGCGAGCAGAUACACUACCAUCAGGCGUCAACGCAACGUCUGAGUCCAGGCCUCUAUUUGGGCUAUCUGAAGAUGCAGUGUUCCAUGGAUCAAAUACAGGUUGUGGUGCCCGUGAAGACACCCAAUGUGCUGCCGCAUUGCAAAGUGCGUGACAAUAGUCACAUCACGGCCGACGAGUGGCAGAUACUGAAGCGCAAAAAUGCCACAAACUCCGGCAGCCGUAGCAAUAGUCCGCUAAAUAUGGCGCUAGAACUCAACACAAACUCUGAAGAGACCACCGAGGGCCAGCGACUAUUUCUCUACGACCUCACUAAUGCGGCGCAUAAGCUAUUCACCUACAUGAAUAUCAAGCCGGAAGAUGCCAAAACGCAUCGUCUUUAUGACAUCGAAGUUAUUGAACAUAGCAAAGAUAUUAGUUUUCUGAUUAUCUGUCCCGCAGUUGAGCUUACCUGUGCCGUGCCCGGACAGUCGGAGUUGCUGUUGCAGCGUGAUGAUCUCGCCAGCCUCAGCAUACAAGCCUUCGAGAUGAUACACCUGCGUACCUAUCAGCUCGGCAUCAUUCAAAAGUAUGCACGCCUAUCAUGCAUUUUGGAACUGGACACUGCUUUAGCCACGCAUUCGCAACGGGAGGCCUUCUCUACCAGCGAACUGCAAACGGCGAAAGAGCGCUUAGCCAAACUGCACGAGCUCUCGGCCAACUUGAAUGCCGUAUGGAAGAGCGUUCGCUGGUUGAUGGAUGUGAUUGCGUUUGCGCGCGACAAAAACACACAGUCCUCGGAAAUAAUGAAAGCCAUACUUGUCUAUGGCAGCAGAAAGGGCAAUUCCAGGGAGGGCCGCACUGCCGAUAAACAAUUGUUGCAACCGCCUACACGCGAUGCAAAAUACACAAAGAGUUCCGGGCGUGGUAGCUGGCCUGGACCCGGCGCCAAUUCGCAGGGCUCCAGCAGUAACUGCCUGGCAGCCGAACAUUCUAAAUCCGAACAGAAUUUAGGGCGCAGUGCGAUAACACCCACCUCCUGUGCCAGCUUGAUGCCACCACAGUCCGCCGUGAAAUCACACAGUAGUAGCGAUUCGCGAAAGACCGUUAGUUCUACAGGUACGCAGCAGUUACUGCAAGUUGGUAUGGGCGGUUACACCAGCUCGGAUGUCUCGCUACGUAAGAACAGUGGUGACUCAAUCACCUCCUCCCAGUAUACAACGCGCAGUUACUAUUCUGGAGCAGAGUCAGCACUGGGCAGUAACAACGAAUUGGGCCACAUAUUUGCCAUACCACCAUCUCGCUCCGACGAUACACUAGCGCAAGGCAGUCUGGAUGCCACAAAACGUUCACAAUCCGCCGCAACGCAUCGCAAACGCACCAGCUCCAACAUCAACCAGCAAGUGACAACGCCAACAUCUUUAGCCACCACGACACACUGCUCCAGUUCGGCGCCCUACCUACACACCGGCUCGAAUCUCUCGCUGAAAAACUCCUCCAGCUCCGAUUAUGACAUUAAAACGUCCAAGCUCAGCACUCACGCUACAAUCGAACAAUGUAUUGGUGGCAAAGUGAAGGCUGCAUCUAGCGCAAAUCUGCGUGAUGGCGCGCUUUACUUAAAGCCAACACAUACCGCCGUGCUAUCAGCAGGCGUUAAACCUCUCUGCGCCGAAGAGACGACCACUGGCGCUGCUUCGACAACUACAACAGCAAAAACUGCCUCCAUAAAAAGUCUGUCGCGCCAGAGUAGCGAAGAAGAUACCGCAAGUGGAUCUAGUCACACCUCAGAACAAGCAACUAGUGUCGCUGGCAUCAACACCAGCGCACCCAGCUCAGGUAUUAUACAAGUUUACACCGCCUACAAUACGGGUUUGGCGAGUGGCACAAGCCUCAAGCUGCAUGUCACGCCCAAAACAACAGCACGCGAAGUAAUCAAUUUGGUGGUGAAACAAUUGAAUAUGGCCGCAGUGUUGAAGGGCAAUAACGGACCCAUCUAUACGGCCGACAUGCUAGACAACUUCUGUUUGGUUGCGGUGAUUGGCGCACGUGAGCGUUGUUUGCGUGAUGACUUCAAGCCACUACAACUACAGAAUCCUUGGCGCAAAGGUCGUUUAUAUGUACGGCAGAAGCACGAACUGCUGGCGGCCAUCGAACACGCAAAUCGCAAAUCGCAGCUAAUAUGAGCUAAAUGAAUGAAAGCCGUUAGAUGUGGUAAUGAGACGAGGGCAGUGUAAUGAAGUUAGUGGAAUUAUUUUUAUGGCGUGAAGGACAUUUAAAAUUAGUUGGAAAUUUCCUACCUUAGUUUUAGCACACCCUCGACUAUCUGAUCUAACGAACUUUGUGCUCAUUAUAUAUCCCAGCCAAACGGCAUAAGCUAAAUUUAAAGUACACCAGCGGAAAUGAGGCGUGCUCUAAUCGAUCAAUUCGAAAAUUCAGCUUAAUGACAAGGUAGCUAGCUCAAUGGAAUAUGUCGAAAGAGUUGUUGUGCGUCAAUUUUCAGUCAGCCAACAAGUGCGGGCCUCUAUGUUUACCCACUUUACUGAAAAACCCCGAAAAUUAAUUUUUUCAAAGCUCAUUGCAGUUGUAUCCUCCAUUAGUACGGGUCAUCUUAUACUUAUAAAUGGGCUGUAUGAUGGAAAACUGUUCAACGUUCGGUUCGAGCGCACAGCUUUCCAAGCCGGAUAACAACUCCCACUAUAUCCCAACGACUUCUUUCAGUACUAAAUACGUUUUAGCUCUCUUAAUCUCACUAUAAGUCAUCUAAUGACAGUCUGUGAAUAUUGCAGUUGAGGGUCAGCUUUCUUUUGACGAUGAAAUAGCGAAUAGGGAAAUCUUUUGUAGGAGUGUAAUCUAUGAUUCUUUGAGGAAUACUCUUUUAAUAUGAUCAGCCACAAAUGUCAAACGGGAAAUACUAAAAUCGUAACAUAAAAACUGAAGUUUGGAAAAGCUCAUUAAUUAAAUCCCCUACCACCCAACCACCUACCCACCCAGAAGUUUUAAGUGCAUUAAUACACAAUCCAUUCCCGAAUUAGACUGAUUCACGCAAAAAAUAUAUUAUAUUAUAUUUAAACAUUUUUUUUAUAUCUCAUAUACAUACAUAUACAAAUGUUUUAUCCAGAUGAGUUUACUCUAUUGGCCAAUAAAUGAAAAAAAUUCGAAAAAUUUAGUAGCCGAUUACCUUAAGAUAUCAGCAAUUUAAAAAGUAUACCCCGUUAAUUUUUCAAUUAGAAAGGAGUAGGCAAAACUCAACAAUCAGACUAAAUAAGUUAUACGAAAGGAUUUUCAAUUACUAUACGGAAAAAAUAUAUGUAUAUUGUAUUAAAAAAGAAGAUUGUCUAUAUGUAAUAGUGUGUAAUAUAGUCUGCGUAUAAUAUUGUUUGGCGCAAUGAAAAUAUGUAUAUGUGUGUAUAAGUCAAAGGCUGCCCCAUUGGGUUUAAUCGGGUUUAGAAACUAACGAAGGUUCGUUCAUAUUAGUAAUAAUUUUAUUAGAAUAUAUAAAAAAAAUUCUAUACAAUAAGCAUAAAGAGGUUCUGGUAAUUCAGAACCGUAACGAAACACACCAAUAUCACAAAUCCUAAUUGUAAGCCAUGAAUAAAACUCUUCAUAUGUAUGUCUGUACGUACGUUGUUAUGUAUUUAGUUACAUGUAUACAACUGAAUUUUAGGCUAAAAACACUUUAUUGUAUGUAUUUUGUUAGAAUGUUAGAAUGAAUAUAGUUUUACAUAUAAAAAUAUUGUAGGAAAAUCAAAAGCACUGGCAAACUGCUAAAUUAUAUUAACUAAAUGUGUGUUUGUAUGUGAGUUGCUAAACAAAAUUGUGUAUUUAAUGUUUU